GAAACCCCAUCAGCCUGGGAGCUCCAAGGCUCCCGCGCUAAAUAUGGCAACUUCCGCUCUGCGCUAAACUUCUCACACUUGGACACCUGGGCAACUUCAUCUCAGGCCUUUUGCCUUCGGAGCAACAUGUCCCUCCGAAUCAACAUUCCCCCAGCCACUCGCAUCUGCCUCGUUAGCCUACUGACCCUCUCUCUCCUAUACAACAUUGCCAGGUGGCGCCAAAUUGACACCACCGGUGGAACACCGACCACUUCACCUCUCGUACCCUACCUGACCCUCGUCCCCUCCUACGUGUUCUACUACCCCUGGACAAUCGCUACAGCGACAUUCGUCGAACAGAAUAUCUUCACCGUCCUCCUCAACUCCGCAACCAUCUUCUAUGGCGGCAAAUAUCUCGAACGCGCGUGGGGCUCGCGCGAGUUCAGCAAGUUCAUCGCCGUCAUCGCCGUGAUUCCCUGCGUGGUGAUAGUCCCCAUCUACCUAACAUGGGGCGCAGUCGCCGGCUCCUCAAGUACAGCCCUCACCCAAAUCUGCGGUGGCGUCUCCAUCCAAGGCUCCUUCCUCGUCGCCUUCAAGCAACUCGUCCCUGAACAUACCGUCACAAUCUUCAAGGGCCUGGUCAAGAUGCGCGUAAAGCACUUCCCAGCCCUCUUCCUCCUCCUCAACACCCUCAGCGGCUUCAUCUUCGGAACUGACACCGCCGCCGUGCUCGCCUGGCUCGGUGUCUUAGCUAGCUGGAGCUACCUCCGCUUCUACAAGCGCCAGCCCGACCUGACGGGUACCUCCAACGGCAGCGGAAUAAAGGGCGAUGCCAGCGAAACGUUCGCCUUUGCGUGUCUUUUCCCUGAUGUUAUGCAGCCUCCUAUCGCCUUCGUCGCGGACCAGAUCUAUACCUUGCUAGUAGCAAUGCGAGUCCUGACACCCUUCUCAGAGGAUGAUAUUGCCUCAGGUAACCAGCAGGUCCUGGCUCGCGGCGAAGCUGGCCUGCCAACAUUACUCAGCAGCCAUCGCGGCGGUGCAGGCUCAAGAGGGAAGCGCGAGGAAGCAGAGCGGAGACGCACUCUCGCUCUUAGAGCCCUGGAUCAGCGCUUGCAGGCUGCUACAAUUUCCCGGCCGCAAACCCAGCCUCUAGGCGAGCCAAGCUCGUCCUCGUACGCGAAUCCGGCACCAGUUGCUCCGUCUGGUCAGGGUAUGCUGGGUGAAACGAGUUACAAUCCAGACAAUGCGUGAAUGAACUUAUGUUUGAGAAGGAAGAGAUGGGCCUAUGAGGCUCUCUGCUCUGGCUCUGGCUUUGGCGUUCCGUUAUGUUGAUGAUGGGGUCAUUAUGGGAAUUGGCGAUUGGGACAUACACCCGCAUUCGUGACUUCGCGGGUUUAUGGCUGCUAUGGCUAUACUGACACUUUUUCUUUUUCUCCUUUGGGAGCAUAUACAGGAUCCACUCGAUCUUGUUUUGGAUACUCGACUUCUAUUUUCUCGCCUGGAUAUGGGUGGUGUCUGUAUACCUUGUUUCUUUUUUAGCUUUUCAGCCUUGAAUUCGAUUUUGCUUUAUACCACUUUGUUGUGUAUAUACUUGCAGCGCAAUUUAACCAGGACCUUUAUACGC